CGGUCUCCCAAUCAGUACAGCCAAGCAGUCAAAAGGGCGGACAAGGAGGAGGCCCUUACUUUUCCAUUCCACCAAAUUAUUCUACCACCUUUAUCCACGUCUCUUUAAUCAAAUUUCUGAAUAUUAAAGAUUUUUUUCCGUGACCAAAUGAAUUCGAUGUAACCAAAACAAUGUGAUGGGUUUUUGCUUAAUAUUCCAGAGUGAAUAGGAGGCGAUAAACUUGGUAGAAUCCCAAUGAAAGCAAAACUAUAAAUCCAACCCUCGUUUUGCUUUUGUUAGUACAGGCGAUUUGGAUCUUUGGUAAGAAGCUGCUGUAGAAAUUGCAGAGGUACCGUGGAGUCAUGUUUAUUUGCAAAACACUGUAAAGUAUACAAACUCGUACAUGUUUAUGCUGACGAUUCUGAUGAUGAUUCAGGUGGCAGAGAAAACAUUUUUGACAAGAAAGAGAUGACACAUUCAACUGACUCUGAGAAAUGUUUAGUCAUGAAAAGUAACUAGCAAAAUAGAAAGCAGAGGUAACCAAGUAGUGGAGAGGUCUAGGUUAGCCAAUGCCUCCUCCAAAUUUAGCAACUGAAGAGCUUAACAAUAACAAUUCUGAAGGUAUGGAUGCUUCAAAAAUCAUCUCUCCACUCAACUCAUAUGAUGCUGUUGUUUUAGGAGGCACCUUUGAUAGGUUGCAUGAUGGGCAUCGUCGUCUUCUCAAGGCUGCAGCAGAAUUGACAAGGGGAAGAGUGGUUGUUGGUGUGUGCACCGGACCAAUGCUGGCAAACAAAGAGCUUGCUCACUUGAUUGAACCUGUGGAAAAGAGAAUUGGAGCUGUUGAAAGAUACAUUAAGUCUAUCAAACCAGAAUUACAAGUGCAUGUGGAACCUAUCACCGAUCCCUAUGGUCCAUCCAUUGUGGAUAGUGAUCUAGAUGCCAUCGUUGUUAGCAAGGAAACUUUUGCUGGUGGGCUGUCUGUCAAUAAAAGAAGGGCUGAAAGAGGUUUAUCUCAAUUGAAGUUGGAAGUGGUUGACCUGGUCAUCGAAGGGGAAAAUGGUGAAAAGCUCAGCUCUACAGCACUGCGUCAAGUUGAUGCUUCUGAACAGACCAGGAAGGGAUGUUCUGUUGCUUCUGAGCAAUGACUCAUGAUAUUAUUGAUUAGACUAAUGUAUUUACUGAUUUAGUUUAUGUUCAUUUUGAAGACGAUUUUGUCUUGACUAUCAGAAAAAAUAGCGUACCUGCAAUGGGGAAAAACAGUGAAGCAAUCAUGGCCAAAAUUCACAUAUGAAUGGUAUCAAAUACAUGCAUUGGUAAUCAAUGCUUGAAUAACUUGAAUUUCUUGUCAAGAAUAGUUUGUCCA